AUGACGGCCGUACCGAUCUGUGACGACGUAAUAAGACGCCAAAUACUACGACAGCCGUGGUCUACGCACCUGGAAGCACGACAGAUUGCGGAACCGCUGACCUAUAUGCUUGCGACUAGGGCGGACGUUGAGGUUUUGGCGGCAGCUGUUAAAUCUGCCCUAAGCAGAAAAGCCAUCGCUUUUCGUCCCUAUUUUUUCGCUGCCGAGGAGACAUAUUUCGACUGGCUUUGGGCAGGCGUACAAGUUCGCCGCGUGGAGGCGUUUCGGAGUAUCCUGCAAUCCUGCAUUUUGCAAAGCGUCGGUCUGUGGAGCGCAUGCUUGAGGGUUAACUGGAGCCCCAAUUCCAUGACGACGGCUUGUCGGACGUCGGGCAACCUAGAGUCCCGAGCUUUUCAGGAUAACAUCAAUCAGUCUACCGCUUUACGCUUCCAGCCCAGCGGUCGCAUUGCGCGAGCCUACAAAUACUAA